GAAAGAAAUAAAAGCCUGGUAAGGCAUUUUAACAAACAGGUGUAGGGACGGAGUGAAAGUGAGAGAAAGGUCAGAGGACAUGGGGAUAGACGCUGCUGAAGCUUCAUCGCCUCUCUCCCCUUCCCCUUCUCAUUCCGGUCAACAACGCCACUUCUACGUAGCCGUCGACAGACCCCAGUUCAAAAUGGAGACAUUGGUGGAUCUGUUGGAGCUGGCAAGUCAUCGUCCGUGCCUGCCGAUAGCGGUGUGCUGUAGCUCCCGAGAUGAGCUUGAUGCGGUCUGCUCGGCCGUCUCCAACCUUCCCUUCAUUUCUUUGGCCUCGCUGUAUAGUGAUCUUGCUGAAGCAGAACGUGCACUAAUUUUAGAGAACUUUCGCCAAGCAACUAUGAGGUACCAAAAUGUCAUUGCUCAAUCGGGAGAGGACAAGGAAAUUAAAAAAGGGGAAGACAAGUCUCAUAUGGUUGUUGUAACAGACGCUUGCUUGCCAUUUCUUGCUUCAGGGGAAUCAUCAAUUUCUGCUCGUGUUUUGAUAAAUUAUGAGCUACCAACAAAGAAGGAAACAUAUAUGAGACGCAUGGCGACUUGUUUGGGAGCAGAUGGGAUUGUGAUCAACAUGGUCGUUGGAGGUGAGGUGGUGACUCUCAAAAGCGUGGAAGAAAGUAGCGGUCUCACAGUUGCUGAAAUGCCCAUGCAUAUUUCUGAAAUUUUGUGAAGUUUUCGAUCUCCUUCAAUGCCAGUAGACUCAGUUGCUUUAUACUCGUUCCAGUGGAAAAAAAUAUGUAUACAUCACUGAGAUGGGACUGAGAUGCUCCAUGACUCUAGUUGCAACAAAAAAUGUUUCUUUCAGAAUUCUGCAAUGUUUUCUUCUCUAUGGAUAAAUUCUUGAAUCGCAUGGUUCUGAAGUAAGACCAAGUAAAACUCUGAAUUUUGAAAUUGUUGUUCUUUUGGCAACCAAGCUAAGGCAUUGGAAAAUAUGAGUAUGGAACAUGGCAUGAUGAUUGUGAUGAACCUGCUUCUUUUGAUGUUGGGAAAGCCAAAUAUCAAAUUGACUCCCUGCCCUGGAAACAGAAUUGCUUGGCCAAGUCGUAAGAAAAUGGGCGAGAAAAAAAAAAAAAAAAAAA